AUGGCGUCGUGCUCCACCCGACCCCCAGAGGAUACCCUUAUGCCAUUUUCUUGCUACCAGUGCCGUAACCGUAAGCUAAAAUGCGAUCGCCUCAGCCCCGAAUGCAGCCGCUGUUCCGCCACUGGAACGAAAUGUCAAUAUCCCGCGUCGCGUAAAAAGCCUGUUAUAACAGCCUCGCGACCACGAGUUAAAGAACUUGAGUCGCGAUUGGUUGACCUGGAACAUCGGCUCAAGGUGACGCAGGAGGAAGAGAUUAUUGAGGAGUUGACGAAUGUCUUUUUUACAAAGGUUCAUUGCGAUGCGCAGUUUAUUCACCCUUCGCGAUACCUUGCGUCGCUUUAUCUUCCACCUCAUAUGCAGCCACCUAUGUGUCUUCAGUAUAUAGUCAUGGCGCGAGCUGCACUUGUUUCACCUCCUCACAAACAUCUUGCGGAUCCCUUUUAUCGAAGAGCGAGGUAUUAUCUUGAAGCUGAUGAGCAAAAGGGUGAGGGAGAGUAUUUUGUCACUCUGGCUCACACACAAUGCUGCGUUCUCAUGUCUCACUUCGAAGUGCAAAACAUGUGGUUCUCUAGAUCAUCCAUGAGUACAUCGAAGUCUGUUCGUCUGUCGCAGAUUUUGGGCCUUCAUCAACUCGAUUGUAAAAAUGACUGGAGGAGAAAUGCAACGCUUCCGGAGCCCAAAGAUUGGUGUGAGCUUGAAGAGAGGCGAAGAACGCUAUGGGCUGUCUUUUGCAGCGAUAAGAAUACGAGCGGUACUACGGGAUGGCCAAGUCUGAUGAACAUCAACAAAAUCAGCACAUUAUUGCCCGCGUCGGAGGAAGCAUUCCAACUCGACAUGGAAGAACCUUCAACGACAUUACCCCAAGUUCUCAGCGGUGACAACUCUCUCUGCUCGUCAUUCGCAUGUCGCAUCAUUACGACUCAUCUCUUCCACGAAUGCCUCGACCAUACUUACCAAGACCAUCAGGCCUCUGACCUUAUAGACAUCCAAAACAGCCAGUUCUGGAAACGUCAUCGGGAUCUUGAUACAGGCCUUGCAACAGCUUUCAUCACCCUCCCCGAAACACUCCGCGGGUCACAAAUCCAAGAGGCCACCACUCUAAACCUCCAGCUUCACACGGCGUCAAUAUGCAUCCAUCGGGUCGGUGCCGCCCAAGCCAGGAAACACAACAUUUCGGUCGACGUACUCACUAGUACGCAGGCGCGUCUCGUCCCUUCUGCCGACGCGAUAUUUAAUGUCAUCGCUUCACAGCCCGACGUGACAGCCAUGUUCCGCAAUCCACUCGUUGCAUUCGCGGCAUAUAUGGCGACAUACGUGUUUCUAGAAGAUUACAUGUCCACACAAAAUCGCACCAGCGAGAUGAAAAUGACAGCGCUCAUGGAUCUCAUGAUCACAAUUGGACGUGAAAACCCUGUUACUGCAUCUGCAGCGAUACAAAUGGCGCAUGAAUUACGGAAGACUGGGAUUGAUGCAUCCGCCGUUGAUAAAGUCAAAGAUCUUAUGGAGGAGAGGAGUGCAAAGGGGCCGCUUUUGGGACAGCAGAAUACGGUUGAGGGGAGCGUCGUGUUCUGUCCUUUCGAUGGACCUUCUGGGCCUGCACCGCCUGGAGUACCAAGUGAGAUACUGAGGGGUAAUCUCAGUGGGUUUCCUUAG